AUGGAUUUGUCAUAUAUAUUUCGCCAAACGAAAUGGGAAGGAGAUUGCAAUGCAUUUCCGGAAUUCUUCAAUUCUGAUGAGUAUUUAAUAAAGUCUAUGCGAAAAUCUACUAAACUUGUCGGUCAUAAAGGUUGUAUUAACACAUGCGCCUUUAAUCCAUUUGGUGACAAGCUUAUUACGGGCUGUGACGAUGGAUGUGUUUGGAUAUGGGAUAUUGGAACACAAAAAUCAAAGCCAUUGACAAUGCUUCACCCUCAUAUUACUAAUGUUUUUACAACAAAUUUCCUCUCUUCAAACAAAUUUAUUUCCGGAGGAAACGAUGCUACAGUUCAAAUUGUUGAAUUUUCUCAAACUAGUGCUUUUACAACUUCUUUUAUUAAUCAUCACGUAAGAAAAGUUUUGUGUUCAUUCGUAAUUGACCCAAAUACAUUCGUAACAUGUUCAUCAGAUUCAACUAUCCGCCUCUUUGAUACAAGAGUCCCAUAUCGAUCCACUGAAAAAGUGAAUUUAAAGAUAUUAACCGAAGCAGAUAUGAACUACGAUGGUCGUGACAGAUUGACCAUGGAUCUUAUAACUCAUAAUAUCCGUUCUCAAGGCGAAGGAGGCGGUAAAAAUGAAAUUCCAUCAUAUUCAGUUGACGAAACACUUUUACUCGAAAUUAGCGGUAGGCAUUCUCAAAUAUUCUCGAUGGAUGUCAAUCCUGUUGACAGAAAACAAUUUUUAGCUUCAGCGGCAGAUGGAACCGUAAAAUUAUUCGAUUUACGUGCAAUUAAAGAGCCUCAUCAGACAGAGUAUUACGGAUUUUCAGUUCGAGAAGCAUACGGAUCCGAGCAGGAAGUUACAGGAGCCGCAUUUGACGAUACAGGAAAAAGAAUUGCAGCAACCGUCAUUGGUGGCGACAUUCACGUCUUCGAAACAGCAAAUUCAUACAAAUUGGAAGAGUUUACACCACCUCCUCCAAGAGAACGCCGCAAUUACCGCGGUCCAAGAAUAGAUCCAACAGAAUUCAUCGACGAAAACGGAUCUCUUGACAUUAUGGCACUCAACAGAGCCAUGCAAGCAACUCUUCACGUUGAAGAAGAGGAAUACGACGAACACGAAGAGGAAGAAGAAGAAAUUCAACAACAAAACGCUCCAGGAUGCAUACAAGUACUUAGAGGACACAAAUCUUAUGAGACAAUCAAGUCUUGCAACUGGUUUGGCGAUUUCGUCGUUACUGGUUCCGAUGAUGGAAAUAUCUACUUCUACAAUGUCGAAACUGGCAAAAUUAAGAAAUGUCUGAAGGGCCACGAAGGCAAUGUAAACGUUGUUGCUGUCCACAGACAGAAAAAGAUGCUUGCAACAAGCGGAAUUGAUGAUUACGCAAUGUUGUGGCAACCUGAUGCUUUUACUUCUAUCAACGAGGAAGAAAUUGAACGUGAAGUUCAAGAGGCUCUUGAAGAUUUGAGAAAUAAUGCUGGUAGAAGCCAAUUUAUCCAAUGUAAUGUUAUGUAA